UUCAUUAUGAAAGGUUCUAUUGUCGGAUUGUGGCUGCUAACCGCAGUUAUUAAAUUAAAUCUGAUAGCUAAUUCAGAGAUUGUCGGUUAUCGUCUAAGCAGUUACAUUCACCCAUCGUUUUACAAUUUAUCUAUCAAUAUCCAAGACGAUGCAUCGAAUCCGGGCACAACGUUUAAUGGCGAAGUCGCUAUAACUCUGCAGUCGAAUCAGAGCAAUUUACUGGAAAUAACUCUACAUAAUAGGCUUCUUAAUAUAACACGCUGCUUGCUAUACAAUAAGGAUGGUCGCCUGCAACAAGAUAUUGCAGCUGGUCAACUGCGGUACAACAAUGAGACUGAACUGUUAACAGUGCCUCUUUUGCAACCAUUGAUUGCCAAUGCAAACUACACGUUGUACUUUAAGUACUCAGGGAAAGUAAAAUCUGAUACAUUAGGUCUAUUUUCAAAGGAAAACUGGAACGCUGGGAACUCUAGUACCAGAGCUCACAAAGAGUUUUUAUUUUUAACACAAUUCGAAUCGAUAGAUGCCCGAUUUGUAUUUCCCUGUUUUGAUGAACCUGCCUUUAAGGCAAAGUUUCAGCUUCACAUUGGACGACCAAGUGGCUAUUAUGCCGUCAGCAACACCAGAUUGAUGAAAACAACAAAUGAAGGCAAAAAUUACUUUGUGGAUCACUUUGAAGUAACUCCCACCAUGUCCACAUAUUUAGUGGCCUUUCUAAUAUCCAACUAUCAGGCUCGAGGCAAUAUUAGCGACUUUGCCGUUUUAUCAUCGCCGGAACAUUACAAUAAGACAGAGUUCAGUUACAAUGUUGGAAAACGCGUAGUAGCGGCAUUCAAUGAACUAUUCCCCAUAUCAUAUAAACAAUUGGGAAAUGACGUCCUACUUUUUGCGAGUGUACCUUCGUUUGAUAUCGUCGGCAUGGAGAAUUGGGGACUCAUCUUUUACAGCGAAGAACUACUGGUGCAAAAACCCGGUUACACUGACGGUUUUGUGCACAAAGAGUUUACAUGCCGAAUGAUUGCACAUGAGAUGGCCCACAUGUGGUUUGGAAACAGUGUCACCUUAUCCUGGUGGAGUCAUUUCUGGUUAAAUGCAGGAUUUGCCCGUUUGUAUGAGAUUCUCGUUACACAUCAGCUCUACCCAGAAUAUCAUUUGGAUCAACAGUUUGUUAUACAUCAUCUUCAGACGAUAUUUGAUGAAGACGCUAUGAAUAGUUCCCAUCCAUUAAGUAGUUCCGAAUCGAGCAUACAAACAGAAUCUGAUGUUGAAGAACUUUUCGUAAGUUUUUCAUAUGAAAAGGGUGCUAGCAUUAUUCGAAUGUGGCGAAACGCAAUGGGAGCCGUCAACUUUGAUAACUCAAUUAAUAGUUACCUGAAGCAAUAUCAUUUAAAAAACACAAAUCCCAGCGAUUUGUUCGCUCAUCUCAAGCAAAACUGGCCAGCUCAACCUGAAGUUGAUUUGGAUACGUUCUUUUCCGACUUCACGGAGCAGGUGGGCUAUCCAAUGGUCAUUGUAAACAUCACCCAGGAUAACCAAAAAAUUAUUCUACGCCAAAAACGUUUUUUGUAUAAUUAUGAAGACGGUAGUGAUGCCACUUUACGUUAUACCAUUCCAAUUACGUUCGCCACGAAUGUGAAAAACACAUUUUAUAAUCCGACACCUUACACGUACUUUGAUAAGAAUAAGACUACGGUUGAGAUCUUUUUCAAGGAACCUAUUGAAUGGAUAAUCUUGAACCUUAAGCAAACGAGUUACUAUCGAGUGCUCUACGAUAAACCAAUUCUUGCCCAACUUAAACUGGCCAUCUCCAAGAACGAACACAGUUCAAUUCCAGUUGAAAAUCGCGCACAGAUUAUUGACGAUCUCUUCAACUUUGCUCUCGCUGGAAUGAUCGAUUACGUGGAUGUGUUUGAAUUUUUAGAGUAUUUGAAAAACGAAUUCGAUUAUGCUCCGUGGUAUGCUGCCUACAGAGGAUUGCUGGGGGUAUCGCAACGAUUAACCCCACAUCAAUUGCCCUAUUUCGGGAAAUAUCUUAAUAAUAUUACAUCCGCCGUCUUCGCUAAGCUAACUGUCAAAUCGAAUAGCGACGAUACAGUGAUGGAUGUGUAUAAUCGACAAUUGCAAGUGUCUCUCCUUUGCAAAUACCAAAAUACCGAAUGUAAUAACCAAGUAAAACUUCAUUUUGAGGCGGAUCUCGAGAAGCCUUCCCCAGAUUAUCGUGAAACCUUUUACUGUGCAGCAGCACGCACGACAGGUUACGCCCGAAUCCUCGAUCUAUAUUCUAAUGAAAGUGACAUGGAGGAGAAACAUAUGCUAUGGCGUGCCUUAAGUUGUACGAGAGAUUAUCGGGCACAUUACAAUAACAUGGUAUUCAACAGCAAGAUAGUUGAGAAUAAGACCGUUGGCGUGACACAGAUGUAUGAGGAGAACCCAGAUUUAAUUACACCCAUUCUAUCCAUGUUAGCAGAGAACAUUACGAAGUGGAGCAAUUUUUUGGGCGAUUCGUGGGAGACUGUAGUAAUGUUGAAUAAAAUGUCUGAGUCCUUCACAACCGUGGAACAGACAAAUCUAUUCGCCGAAUUGAUCGAUAAAAAUUCGGAAUUCUUUGGUACAGACGUUGAAUUGCUUGAAUCCGCUCUGGAAAGAGUAAAAAAUAACCUAGAGUGGGCAAAGCAGCGAUUGAGCAAUCUAAACAACUAUCUGAGGAGAAAAAUGGAUAAUAUUUGCAUCAAUAUAUCGCAUUCAAUUUCAGCAAAAAAUUAUUUUGUGGAUCACUUUGAUGUAACUCCCAUCAUGUCCACAUAUCUAGUCGCCUUUCUAAUAUCAAACUAUCAGGCUCGAGGCAAUAUUAGCGACUUUGCUGUCUUAUCAUUGCCGGAACAUUACAAUAAGACAGAGUUCAGUUACAAUGUUGGAAAACGCGUAGUAGCGGCAUUCAAUGAACUAUUCCCCAUAUCAUAUAAACAAUUGGGAAAUGACGUCCUACUUUUUGCGAGUGUACCUUCGUUUGAUAUCGUCGGCAUGGAGAAUUGGGGACUCAUAUUUUACAGCGAAGAACUACUGGUGCAAAAACCCGGUUACACUGACGGUUUUGUGCACAAAGAGUUUACAUGCCGAAUGAUUGCACAUGAGAUGGCCCACAUGUGGUUUGGAAACAGUGUCACCUUAUCCUGGUGGAGUCAUCUCUGGUUAAACGAAGGAUUUGCCCGUUUGUAUGAGAUCCUCGUCACACAUCAGCUCUACCCAGAAUAUCAUUUGGAUCAACAGUUUGUUAUACAUCAUCUUCAGACGAUAUUUGAUGAAGACGCUAUGAAUAGUUCCCAUCCGUUAAGUAGUUCCGAAUCGAGCAUACAAACAGAAUCUGAUUUUGAAGAACUUUUCGUAAGUUUUUCAUAUGAAAAGGGUGCUAGCAUUAUUCGAAUGUGGCGAAACGCAAUGGGAGCCGUCAACUUUGAUAACUCAAUUAAUAGUUACCUGAAGCAAUAUCAUUUAAAAAACACAAAUCCCAGCGAUUUGUUCGCUCAUCUCAAGCAAAACUGGCCAGCUCAACCUGAAGUUGAUUUGGAUACGUUCUUUUCCGACUUCACGGAUCAGGUGGGCUAUCCAAUGGUCAUUGUGAACAUCACCCAGGACAACCAACAAAUAAUCCUACACCAAAAACGUUUUCUAAAUGAUUAUGAAGACGGUAGUGAUGCCACCUUACGUUACACCAUUCCAAUUACGUUCGCCACGAAUGUAAAGAACACAUUUGAUAAUCUAACACCUUACACGUACUUCGAUAAGAAUAAGACUACGGUUGAGAUCUCCUUUAAGGAGCCCAUUGAAUGGAUAAUCUUGAACCUUAAGCAAUCUAGUUACUAUCGAGUGUUUUACGAUAAACCAGUUCUUGCCCAACUUAAACUGGCCCUCUCCAAGAACGGACACAGUUCAAUUCCAGUUGAAAAUCGCGCACAGAUUAUUGACGAUCUCUUCAACUUUGCUCACGCUGGAAUAAUUGAUUACGUGGAUGUGUUUGAAUUUUUAGAGUAUUUGAAAAACGAAUUCGAUUAUGCUCCGUGGUAUGCUGCCUACAAAGGUUUGAUAAGGGUAUCGCAACGAUUAACCCCACAUCAAUUGCCCUAUUUCGGGAAAUAUCUUAAUAAUAUUACAUCCGCCGUCUUCGCUAAGCUAACUGUCAAAUCGAAUAGCGACGAUACAGUGAUGGAUGUGUAUAAUCGACAAUUGCAAGUGUCUCUCCUUUGCAAAUACCAAAAUACCGAAUGUAAUAACCAAGUAAAACUUCAUUUUGAGGCGGAUCUCGAGAAGCCUUCCCCAGAUUAUCGUGAAACCUUUUACUGUGCAGCAGCACGCACGACAGGUUACGCCCGAAUCCUCGAUCUAUAUUCUAAUGAAAGUGACAUGGAGGAGAAACAUAUGCUAUGGCGUGCCUUAAGUUGUACGAGAGAUUAUCGGGCACAUUACAAUAACAUGGUAUUCAACAGCAAGAUAGUUGAGAAUAAGACCGUUGGCGUGACACAGAUGUAUGAGGAGAAUCCCGAUUUAAUAACACCCAUUUUAUCCAUGUUAGCAGAGAACAUUACGAAGUGGAGCAAUUUUUUGGGCGAUUCGUGGGAGACUGUAGUAAUGUUGAAUAAAAUGUCUGAGUCCUUCACAACCGUGGAACAGGCAAAUCUAUUCGCUGAAUUGAUCUAUGAAUAUUCGGAAUCCUUUGGUAAAGACGUUGAUGUACUUGAAUCCGGUCUGGAAAGAGUAAAAAAGAACCUAGAGUGGGCAAAGAAGCGAUUGAGCAAUCUAAACAACUAUCUGAGGAGAAAAUGAAAAACGUAAUAGAGCUGUCAAAUUAAAGUUAUAAUCAAUAAUAUAAAGCCGAUCGAUUUGAGUCAAAUUAAAUACACAUUUUGCAUAAGCUCAUUAUGCGUUCACAAAUUGUUUACUUUAAAACCGGUUUCAGAAUGCCUCAAGACUGCAAAUCAAAUUUGGCAACGACGCUUGUUGAUAUGAUACUGA